AUGUCUCGCAUCUUUGUGCGACAUCUUUCCAAGGCUGUUCCCGACACGAAGGAUGUGAUCCGAACCGCGAUUGAGACGGUUCGGAACAACUUUCUGAGCGGAAAACCGUUCCAAUACCCGCUUUACAAAACAAUACCCAACGAAUUUGUAAGAACCGGGGUCUUGUUUGAGUCGAUCUUGACCAAGACCAAGUACGAUUUGCUUCAGCCGCCCGAAGAGUUCCAAGGAGUAUCCGAGUUUCUUACCAAGGAGCUAAAUUACAAUACAGCAAAGUCCCACAUUCACUUCCUGGUCCGCAACCAAGACAAGCUAGAUACAUUACCCAUCAAGCUAUCUCCAGAGGCCGAGGGUCGAACCGCGCUACAACGCACAAUCGAGAACAUGAUCGAAAAAAUAGUCUUCUUCGAGCUGAGACCCCACUACAUACUAAAGCUCCGAAACAACCCGGCAAACUACUAUAAUUACGACAAGAAAAUGUCCAUCAAGGCUCUAGAUCUGAGUAACCCAUGCAGCUGGUACCCAGAAGCACGCAAACUGAAGCGGAAAAUUGUGAUGCAUGUUGGACCAACAAACAGUGGUAAGACGUUCAACGCGUUGAAGAAACUGGAGGCCAGUGCUAAGGGCUACUACGCCGGUCCGCUCCGAUUACUUGCAAGAGAAGUUUAUGAAAAGUUCCAGAGCAAGGGCAUCAGAUGUAACUUGAUGACGGGAGAGGAGGUUUUGUUAGACGCAGAUAAGUUUGGAAAUAAAGCUGGAUUGACGUCGGGAACCAUCGAGAUGAUCCCGUUGAAUGAGCUCUUCGACAUUGUUGUUGUGGACGAGAUUCAGAUGAUUGGCGAUCAGUUCAGAGGCUCUGCGUGGACCAACGUGAUUUUGGGAGCCCGUGCCAAGGAGAUUCAUCUUUGUGGAGAGGUUUCUGCGGUCCCGUUAGUGGAAAGGCUGGUUGCUCUGACUGGUGACGAUAUCGAGGUGAACAACUACAACCGGUUGGGAAAGCUGGUUGUUGACAACGAGCCGAUUUCCUUGGACGAGGUGCAGCCUGGAGACUGUGUUGUUGCCUUCAGCAAGAAGCAGAUUUUGAACAUGAAGGUCGAGAUCGAGAAGGAGACCAAGCUCAAGUGUGCUGUGAUCUACGGUGCUCUGCCUCCAGAGACCCGUUCUGAAGAGGCACGGUUGUUUAACGAAGGAAAGUACGACGUUGUUGUGGCAUCUGACGCAAUUGGAAUGGGAUUGAACUUGAAGAUCAACAGAGUGGUUUUCACCACUCUUGAGAAGUACGAUGGUCGUCGGAUGACGUCGCUGUCGGACUCGAGCGUCAAGCAGAUUGGAGGCAGAGCAGGAAGAUUUGGGGUUGGCGAAGGAAUCGGACACAUCACAGCCAUGUCUGGUGCAGAUCUGCGCAAAGUCGACACUGUGAUGAAAGCUCCUUUCAAUUCCCUGGACCAGGCUGUGAUUUGGCCUACCGAUGAACAAUGGGUCAGAUACCAUUCUAUGUUCCCUAAGGGGUCUUCUCUUUUGGCCAUGUACCGCAAGUUCGAAGCCGACAUGGAGAAAGAGGAGAGACUCAAUUCCAAGGACUCUCUUUUUUCGAUCCAGCACAUGGACGAGCCCAAAAUAUUGGCCAACUUCUUCGACAAGCACAAUGUGACCAACGAUAUGUCCAUCAGUGACCAACUGAAGUUCGUGUCCUGUCCAUCGGUGCUAAAAAUCAGAGACUCUCCAAUGCAACCAGUUUUGCACGACGUGUUCAAGCAGUAUAUGUUUACCGUGUCCAAGAGACUCAAGCAGUCUGUGAUCGACUUUGAUUCAAUGCCAUUGUAUUUAACCACCACAGGAAACAUCCGCAUUCGUCCAACAGAUCCCAAGCUUUACAACAACUUUUCAGAAGCGUUCCCAUUGGAGGUGGUUCCUGCUUCCAAGAAGCAGAAAUACAUUAGGGCAGCUAGAAAAAGCCUGAAAGACCCUAGACACGGACGCAAAGUGUUCAUGGCCAGUGUGAACCCUAUAGAAGACAGACUCUCCAAGUUGGAACAGUUCCAUAGACUAUUGACCGCAUACUUGUGGCUGAGCUACCGGUUCCCUCGAAACUUUGUGCACCUGGAACUGGCUGCCAAAUUGAUUUCGUUUGUGGAAAAGAAGAUCACCGAAAUGCUCGACAACGUUGCCAUCGCAAAACAGUUACAAAGUAGAGAAAUUUGA